AUGUUGAAACUCUUUAUUUUCUUUUUCGGUUCGGUUUACUCUCAGUAUAUUGAACGAUUCGACGUAAAAGAUGCUUUAAUAGAACAAAAAGUACUACAAAACAUCAGACCAAUUCUAGAUACUUAUGUAACUGACAGUCUGGAUCGUUAUAGAACGGAUCUAAUUGGAAUAUGUAAGGAUGCGAUCAAGCAUUCUGAAACGCAGAUGGAAACAAGAGUGGAUGUUCUAUCAAAAGAUAACAAAGGAGCCGUAUUUACAAGAUGGGGAAGAACUGACUGCCCAGUAAACCAAACGUCUAUUGUCUAUACAGGGUAUGCCGGUGGCUCGUUCUAUGGACACACAGGAGCAGCCUCGGACUACGUCUGCAUGCCAAAUGAGCCUGUAUGGGGACCCCAUAAGGAUUUUUCUUACACAACUUCUGCCAUUGGCUAUAUGUUUGGGGCUGAAUAUCAGUCGCCAGGUCGUCUCUUUGGAACAUCUGUUUUGAGUGAUGAUGUACCGUGCGUCGUUUGUAUUGGAAAUCAGUACACCGCCUCGCUCAUGAUACCAGGUCGGAUCGAGUGCUAUCCGGGAUGGACUAAGGCAUUCCAUGGCAAUCUGGCCGCUGGAGCUCAUAUCCACAAGGCGUCGUCACAGUAUGUAUGUGUUGAUCAGGAUCCUCAAAUAUCUAAAGGCGGGGUCGACGAAAAUGGUAAACUGUUUUAUGGUGUCAAAGCAAGAUGCGGGUCAUUGCCUUGUCCUCCGUACGAGGAAGGAAAAUUUCUUCCUUGUGUCGUAUGCUUGAAAUGA